AUGAGUGUUACAACCACAAUCGAGGUGCCCGUGGUCACCACGAAGACGACCCCGCUGGGACACAAUGCUGCAGGUCAGGUGGACCUGUCUUGUUUCUGCUUCAAUAUUGACCCAAGGUUAUUGAUCGAUACGCCUCCGGCUCCAAAAGCCUGCCUAAAGCGUGAGCCUCCCGUGUUCCGCCUGAUGGAUCUGCCCCUCGAAAUCAGACUUCAGAUCUUCCAAUGGACCUGCCUCAUGCACCCACUACGCUACGCACAACUGGCACCUUGGUAUCCGACGCCCAGCUACACGACUUACCCCCAGGAGCUCCUCAGAUCCGAAAUUGACCAGGCAAACGACGUUCCAGCCAAGACAGAUCUCGACGGCAGGAGGCUCCUCUCUCCGCACCGCCUCGUCUGCAGCAUGCCCACGGCCCUACUGCGCUGCAGCCGGCAGAUCUACGCCGAGACGCACCUCGUGCCGUUCCAGGAGAACGAGUUUGUCUUCGUCAACUGGUUCUCCUCCGGCCUCUGGGCCGCCCGCGCCUUUACCCGGCCCCUCCAGCCCUGGCAGCGCGGUGCCAUGCGGCAGGUCCGCCUCGAGGUGCUGGGCCGCGACUUCUCCGGCGCCGGCCUCAAGGAGUGGACGGCUCUGUGCGACGGCUGGGCCGACGGCCUGCGCGGCUUGCGGCUCAAGAUUCUGGUCGGCGGCGGACCCGUCGAGCCUGCGGUCGCGUCGACGCGGCUGAACGGCGAGAGCGCGGAGCUGCAGAUAGCCGACGUCUUUCGCGACCCGGAGCCGAGGCCGGCGUGGAUCGAGGAGGGGCUGCGGCGGCUGCGGGGCCUGCGGGCCUUGGAGGUUGAGCUGUCAACGCUGGAUUGGGAUAACGACCGGAAGCGCGCGUGGUGUGCUUCGCUGGGGCGGAUGCUCAAUGCCGAGAGGGAGAAGACGGGACUUGGGCCGGUCAGUGUUGCGUGUGUCAGGAGGCUUUCGGCGCCGAGGAAACCGGCUGUUGCAAAGGAGGUCGCGAGAGAGGUCGUUGUGCCGAAGGAGUCUGGUUGA